AAAAACACAAUUUAGUCGCACGGUGAUUGUUCGAGAAAGAGGAUCUUUUGUUUCGUAUUCAUUUUAAAUUUUAUGCGUAGAAGGGCAACAAUGAAAUCAUUCGUAUCAAUUAAACCGAACAGUGAUUUUUCCAUCCAUAAUUUACCAUAUUGUGUUUUUUCAACUUCGCAAAAUGUGACCAAGCGCAUUGGUGUUGGCAUUGGUGAAAAGAUUUUGGAUUUAUCAACUGUCACAGACUUCUUUCCACCCGAAUUUGUUGAUGCAUUAAAUGAUGAGAUGCUUAAUUCGUUGAUGUCCCUGACUCCAGUUGCAUGGAAGACAAUACGUACUACCAUUCAAAAUUUAUUGCUGGAAAAUUCCGAAUUGGAUCGCAAUGCUUCAUUGAAAGAAAAAGCAUUUGUCGAUCAAAAAACGGCAACCUUCCAUGUGCCAGCCAAUAUUGGUGAUUAUACUGAUUUCUAUUCAUCGAUUCAUCAUGCAACAAAUGUUGGCAUCAUGUUUCGCGACAAAGCAAAUGCAUUGAUGCCAAAUUGGAAGCAUUUGCCCGUUGGAUAUCAUGGACGUGCUAGUUCUGUCAUUGUAUCAGGUACACCAAUUCAUCGACCAUACGGUCAAACGUUGCCAGUUGAUGGUGCCGAACCAGCUUUUGGACCUUGUCGUUUGUUGGAUUUUGAAUUGGAAAUGGCUGUUUUUGUCGGCGGUGCACCAACAAAACUAGGCGAACGUAUUAAUGCUGAACAAGCGGCUGAUCAUAUCUUUGGUUUUACUUUGAUGAACGAUUGGAGUGCUAGAGAUAUACAAAAAUGGGAAUACAUUCCAUUGGGACCAUUUACGGCAAAGAAUUUUGGUACCACAUUAUCACCAUGGGUUGUACCAGUUGCUGCAUUAGAACCAUUUGCUGUUGAAAAUUAUCCACAAGAUCCAACACCAUUUCCAUAUCUGCGCCAUAAAAAACCAUUCAAUUUUGAUAUUGAGCUUGAAGUUAGUUUAAAACCUAAAAAUGGUGUCGAAUCACUGAUUUGUAAAUCAAACUACAGGCAUCUGUAUUGGACGGCUCUGCAACAGCUGGCUCACCAUACGGUCACCGGAUGCAAUAUUAAACCAGGCGAUGUUUUUGCAUCGGGAACAAUUAGCGGUGAAACUCCCGAUUCAUAUGGUUCAAUGCUUGAAUUAAGUUGGAAAGGAACGAAAACAAUCCAAUUGAAAAACAAUGAAACACGCAAAUUUUUGGCCGAUGGUGAUGAAGUCAUCAUUCGUGGUUAUUGUCAAAAAGACAACAUUCGCAUUGGUUUCGGUGAGUGCACUGGAGUCGUUUUACCAGCCAUUCCAUUUGAAGAAUGAAUACAUUCCGUCAUCAUUUUUGUUUUUACAUUCAAUGCAAUUAUUAAAUCAAUAAAAAAAAUUGGAGAAUUUUUACCACACAUUUUCAUACUA